AUGGCUUCCUCCCGACGAUUAGUCCAGAGCUUGGCAACUCGCGCAAACCAUGUUUCGCUCGUAUCGCGCUCAUCUAGAACUCGAUAUUUCAUUUCACCUUCAUCCACGACCCGCCCAAAUCCCUCGCCGCUCCUCUCCUCCCAAUUUUGCAGAUAUAGCCCAGCCUCCAUCAGGACCCAUUCGUCUCUUACAGACAGCAAACCUGUGACCCCCGAAGAUGCUGCGCAGAAUGCCCGGCGUCGCGCAGAAGAGCGCGCCUUUCAAAUUACAUUUACCUGCAAGCCAUGCGGUCACCGCUCAUCACAUCGAAUCUCGCAACAUGGCUACUAUAAAGGAACCGUACUUAUCUCUUGUCCUGGCUGCAGGAAUAGGCACGUAAUCAGCGACCAUCUUAACAUCUUCAUGGAUAAAAAGUCUACGCUGGAAGAUAUCUUGUCGGAACAUGGCCAGACCCUGUUGAAAGGGAAGUUGGACGGUGAUGUGGAGUGGUGGGAAGAUGGCACAGUGAGGGCUGUUGCAGGAGCCUCUGAGCGUGAGGGGCAAGGGCAGAUGGGCCAGACGGCUCAGCAACAACAAAAUGCUGGUGUUCCACGGGAACAGGAACAGACCAAGGAGCAGACGGAUGAGAUCAAGCAACCCGGACAUAGAGGGCAACCUUGA